AAUUGGUAUAAAAGUGCUGAAGAAAAAAGCUUAAACAUUCAUAUUUGUUUUGUAUUCACAACAAUGUUGACGGUGGUGUUUAUCUUAUGUUGUCUUGCGAUUAUAACCCAACCAACCUUCACUAAGGAAAGUGCAAGGGGAAUUGAGGAACGUGCCUUUGGAGAUCCUGUCUUUAUAUCAGGUGGCCAGCAAUGCAUUUGCCCACCAGGACCACCUGGCCCAGUAGGACAACUUGGAAAUAUUGGUGCUCCAGGUGAUCGAGGUGAUGUUGGAAAUCCAGGUAGAGAUGGACCUCCGGGGCCAAUGGGACCACCUGGGGCAGUUGGUCCUGCUGGACCAGAUGGGGCAAUUGGACCACUUGGUCCAGUUGGGAGACGUGGAGCAGAAGGCUCUCCAGGACGUAUGGGUCCUCCAGGACCACUUGGCCCAAUCGGACCAAUUGGACCCACUGGUCCAGCGGGAGCUGCAGCAGUUGCAGCUGGAUAGAUCUUGAAAACAAUUGUGUUUAAAAUUGAAGUUGGAAAAUAAAAUAUUUUAAACAUA